AUGAAACAGUUACGCGGUUUCGUCCAGUUAUUUUAUCAGCUAGCUUCUAAGAAAAAGGACUUUGCCUACCUAAGGCUGCUGACAGAUUCCUUGUUAGUCCCGGAUGUGUGUCAGCUGUCAACUUUAAAGAACUGUCCUCCUGACUUAGAUCAGGAACUCAGAAUAAUUUUUUUAGACACUUUGGUUGAGUGGAUUUUUCGCUUUUCACAUAUCUUUCGUUCUCCUUCUUAUGAAAAAAGAACUGAGACUUACAUCGAUGUAGAGGUUAACAAAGCUGUAGUGGAGACGCUCAGCUUCCUUGAAAACCUUGUGGAUUAUUUUAGUAAAUCGAAAUCUUUGAAGAUGUCUUCGGCUGUGACGGCUUUUCUAAAGCACAUAAGAUUUGUGGCGUGUACUGCCUCUAAACAUGCAUACAGUUGGAUUGAUUACUGUAAUAAACUGAGGGUUUAUUGUGACAAAUUAUUGGAAUGCAUUCAGCUUGCUCACCCCUCUCCAUUGACUUCACAAAAUAGAAUUAUUGAAGACUCACAUGAAGAUACUUCAUCGAUGAGUGAAAACUUAGAUUUAUUAGAAUUGAAGAAGUUAAUUCUACAAGAAAUGAGUAAAACAAAUGAAAAUUAUAAAAAUGUUUCACCAUAUCAAAUGGACGCAAAUUCAUUCAUAACUUUGUACAGAAAUGCUUGCGAUCAAAGUAACAUCAUACAAAUUAUUCAAAAUAUUCAAAGAGAUUAUGAGAAUAAGAACAUCAGCAUUAUAACUACCCAAGCUCACAAUCAUGAUGAUGAUGAUGAAAAAACGUGUACCCUUGCAAAUAUGCAACAACAUCUGCUCAAAUUGUCAUCACUUUUCAUAACCUGGUACUCUCUGAGGCAAUAUGGCAACAAAUUGCCAGGUUCUGAAAACAAUGUAUCAACAGCAGAGAGAAGCCUCACACGGUCACAAAGCACUUUUCAUUAUUCAGUCACUGAAGACAGUUCGGAUGAUGUAUCUUUGUCCAGUACUAAUCAAAAUUGUAAUGAACAAGCCGAAAGAAGUUGUAAAGUGAGAAGCAAAAAACUGGUCAAUAAGUCUUGUUUUAAUGAAUUCUGUGGUUCAGUGCUAAUAACACCACCUUCUACACCAGCCCCUGAAGAGACGAGUCGGAAAUAUGUUAUUAACUUACCAAAAGAGGAUUCGAAAUCACGUAGAAUACCGUGGACAGUGGAAGAAUCGAUAGCACUAUGGCAUGGUGUAAUGCAUGAUCCUGGUUCAAAAAAUUGGUCUCAAAUAUGGCGUCAAUCAUUUCGUCAUAGUAAUCGAAAUCAAGUGAAUCUCAAAGACCGCUGGCGUGUUAUACACGAUAAUGUAACUAUAAGAAAUACAGUUCGACGAGCUUAUGAUCGUUGGAGAGCACAGUUUAAAAAUAACAAAAGAAGUCCAGUUAAAAAUAUCCAUUUACCAAUGCCAAUAAUUGUGCGUACUUCUUAA